AUGUGUCGAGGUGUUUUGACGUGCCAGCAAGUUAAAGCAGAGCACCAGUUUCCUUCUGGUUUGUUACACCCUACUGCGAUUCCAGAGUGGAAAUGGGAUAAGGUUACAAUGGAUUUUGUGACUAGAUUGCCUUUAACUCCUAAAAAGAAAAAUGCUAUAUGGGUAAUAGUUGACAGACUAACUAAGUCAGCACACUUUCUUCCUGUUAGAACCGACUUCACCAUGGAGCAGUUUGCAGAGCUUUAUAUAGAUGAGAUAGUGAGAUUGCAUGGAGUUCCUUCAUCCAUCAUUUCAGAUAGAGAUCCGAGAUUUACUUCUAGAUUUUGUUUGAAGAAGCUACAUGAGGCCCUGGAUGUCAGUCAAGAAGCGGGUUAUUCAGAUUUUGGAGGAUAUGUUAAGAGCCUUGUGUUAUUGAGUUUUGAGCUUCAGAUCAGUCAAGAAUCCUAUGCCCGACUUGAGAGGAAAGAUUAUAGAUAUGCAGUGGGAGAUAAGGUUUUCCUUAAAGUAUCUCCAUGGAAAAAGAUAUUGAGAUUUGGAAGAAAGGGUAAGCUUAGUCCUAGGUUCAUUGGUCCCUAUGAGAUCAUUGAACGUGUGGGUCCAUUGGCCUAUAGACUAGCUUUACCACCAGACCUGGAUAGGAUACAUAAUGUUUUCCACGUAUCUAUGUUGAGGCGGUAUCGGUCCGACCCAUCACAUGUGAUAGCAGUGGAAUCUAUAACUAUUGAUCCAGAUUUAACUUAUGAGGAAGAACCAGUGAGAAUACUUGCUAGUGAAGUCAAGGAACUAAGGAAUAAGAGAAUUCCUUUGGUAAAGGUUCUUUGGAAGGUUCUUUGGAGAACCAUAAAGACCGAAGGAAGCUACAUGGGAAAGUGA